UUCACUGAAAUCCUCCCACCAUGCUGGGGCUGCUGCUGCUGCAGGGGUUGGCCAGCUGCCUCUGGCUGGGACACGGCGAGGUGGUGAACUCCUUUGCAAGCUGUCCUCAGUUCUUCUAUUCACGCCUUCCCCCAAAUGAUGCCCUGAAUCCAAAGAACCCAGCCUGGAUCUGCCAGCGGUACAAUGGCUCGUAUCACUAUGCCACCCUGUACAACAGAGACGAGAGAAUACCAGUGUACUCUGCUUACAAAUACCAUCCUGUAGAAGGGAACAAUCCUCGACGAUUGUGGAUGGUUGAGCCUCAGCUCAUAGGUAAAAAUAAUUUUGAAGCUAUGGAAAUGGAAUCAGUCCUCAUAAGAAACAAUUUCACCGUAGAAGAAAUCCAAAAGAGCCAGGCUGUCAACGCUGACUACAACAUGACUGUUUGGGACCGUGGCCAUUUGUGCCCCUGUGGCCAUAUGGAUAAUAAAGAGAGCAAGAAAGCUACCUACACCCUGACCAACGCAGUGCCCCAGAAUAAGAGUCUCAAUGAUGGCCAGUGGAAGGUCUACGAGCGUAGAACAAUGAUCGAAAUGACCAAGGGCUGUACAACCACCUAUGUCAUCACAGGUGCUGUGCCUGGGAAAAAUUACAUGUCCAAUAAGAGGGUUAAUGUACCCAGCCACAUCUGGUCAGCUGCCUGCUGUCUGGUGGAUGAAGAGCCCAAAGAUGCUUGGGGGGCCAUUGCUGAGAAUGACAAAAAUGAGGUGGAGAACAUCACGCUGGGGGAACUGGAGGAGAGGUUGACUGAGCUCUACAAGGUGAAAAAUAUUACUCUGUUCAACAAUUCCUGUUCUCAGAAAUAAGCCACACAUCCUCAAUGGAAAAGGUGCAGUGCCUUUUCUCACAUGUCACAGAAUCACAGAAUCACAGAAUGGGUUGGCUUUGAUGGGACAUAAAAGCCUUAACGAUCAUCUCAUAUUGACCUGCCCGCCAUGAGCAGGGACACCUUCCACUACUCCAGGUUGUUCCAAGCCCUCCCCAGCCAGGCCUUGAACCCUUCCAGGGAUGGACCAGUCAAAACAUCUCUCAGUAACUUUUACUCAUACCACAGCAUGCUCACAGUAAUUUACUUCUUUAUAAUAUCCCGUCUAACCCUGCCCUCCAUCAGUGUGAAACCAUUCCCUCUUGCCCUGCCACUCCAUACCCUUGUCCAGACACCCUCUCCAGCCCUCUUGGAGAUCCUUGAGGUACUGCACUCUCAGCAGUCUUCUCCCGGCUGAACAUCCCCAGCUCUCUCACCCUCUCUCCAGAGCAGACAUGCUCCAGCCCUCACAGCACCUUCAUGGCCUCCACUGGACUCCUCUCCAACAGCUUUGUAUCCUUCUUGUGCUGUGGGCCCCAGAGCUGGAGGCAGCACUGCAGGUGGGGUCUCAGCAGAGCAGAGUAGCGGGGCACAAGUGUCCUGUGCAGAGUCUGUGCUGCUUCCUUCUCUGCUGUGUUCCCAGCUCUGUCCCUCAGGGCACCUCCUCCUCUGCUCAAAGGCACAGAGACGUGGGCAGAGCCUCCAGCUGCUUUGCUUUGCUGCCCAUCUCAGGAGAGAGCUCUCAGGAAUGAGUCCUCUCCUCCUUUGCUGUCCCCAGGAGUGUGCAGCUGACUUGUCCCUCAUCUCCUUAGCAAGGCUGUGGCACCAGGGCUUCUCAGGAUGCCCAGAGAUCCUGCCUGGAGAUCUCCAUGUCUGGAGAUUCCCAAACCCCAAAAAUCCGUGAUUCUGGACAACCUGCGGAUCCUGCUGGAGCCUGGAGUCUGGACUAGAAGGUCCUGAGAAGUCCCUCCAAAACACAACAAUUCAGUGAUUCUGUGAUCCUGGCACAUGCUUUUGCUUGGUUGCUUUUGAAACUGCACCUUGAGAGCAGCAGCUGUUGUAUCAGACAGGCAGGCUUUGGCAUCAGAGACAUAGAAAGCUUUGAGCAGCCAAAGCUGAAUUCCUGUGAUGCACUCCUUGGACACCUUCAUUCUCUGCUCUGCUUCUGAAGCUUUUCUGCAGAUUGAUGGGAAACUGAUUUGGGGAAGUGUAUUCAAUGGUUGUCAAAGACCAAUGUGUGCCACAUCAUGGAGUUUGCAAAAGCUCACAAUA